AUGAAUUAUGUUGGUGUUUCAGUCUAGAGAGAUAAAGCAGACAAUUAUAUGAAAUUAAAACUGUUAAAAGACAAAUUCCCUUAGCCAUUUUAAAGACUUUGCACAGCUCAAGAGCAAAAAUAAAGGUCAAAUCCAUUUGAUUAAAAAAGGUACUCUUUGCCCUCCUAGAAUACUGAUGACAGCAAAAUAUCAAAGUAAAUAAUUUCUGUAUCAAAUGAAAGGCCAUUAAGUUAAGUAACUUAAGAUUAAUUGAGCCCUUAGCUCCAAGUAAUCUACGAUUACACAAGUUUUAUGCCACCUAAGUACAGGUUUACUAACUAAUUCAAGUACCAAUUCUAGGAAAAUAAAUUGAAUUAAGCAAUAAAAGCAGCAGAAAAACUAAAGAAAAGAAGGUAAGCAAACAAAAGUUUAAAUUAAAAGAAAAAAAUCUUCUUUGGAACAGAGUAGAGUGAGGAAGUUAAAGCUAAUAUUGAUUCAGCAACACCCAGUGUGAGACAAGCAGAGAGAAGGUAAUCUCUAAUGAUGAGUAUCCAAGCCCCGCCAUAAAUGAUUUAAGUCUCAUAAUUUGAAUUCAAUAAUAAUGGAGAUCUUGUUUAAAAAUAGAAAUAAAUAGUCAAUAAUGAAUCUAGAUUGCUGCAAGCAUUAUAAUCGGAAAAAUCUCCAUUGCACAAAAACAAUCUUGGCUUUGGCUAAGGUUCAAAAAUUGGAUUUACUGUAACUCCUCCAUAAAGUGAUCUUAGCAUUAACAGCAUUAUGAGUACAAAAUAGCGAUCAUCUAGAUUUUUAGCAGACGGUAUUUCAAGAUAUCUUCAUUAAGAUGUGCUAGAAAGGACAUAUUAGAGUAUAACAGAGAAGAAAUUCAAUAGAAUCGCGAUUUAUAUCCAAAGACUCUGGAGAGGUUAUCUAGGACGAAAGAAAUAUAAAUAGAUCCUAAAAGCAUACAAUGAAAAGUAUACAAGAAGUAAGGUAAACUUACUAUUUUCAGAAAUAGAUCUAUGCCUCACUAACCGUAAAGAUAACGCAGAAAUUCUUGAAUAAGAAUAGCUAGCAAUUUAAGCAGCAGAGGAAGAAAAGAAAAUGCUUUAUAUACCUCUAAAGGAUAUCAUUGCGAUAGAGGAAGCAGAUUGGCAUGAUGAAUCCUAAGUUACAAUAAUUAAUGAAAAUUCAACUUCAUCUUAAUAAGCAAGAGAUUAUGAUAACAUAGGAAAUUCUUCUGUCAGAUCAAAUAAUUCAAGUUAGAGAAGAAAUACAGCCUGGAAGAACAUCCCUAUUGUAACAUCAACUUUUAAAAGAAAGCAUGCAGAUUCAAGUAAGUUUUAAGAUUUUUAACUUAACUUCUAACAAGGUAACAUAAAGGACAGACAAGAGCAAAAAAAAGAAGAAAGAUAAUCUUAAUAACUUGCCAAGAAAAGUGUAAGUAUCAAUAACUUAUCAUUAUUUUAAAUAUUACUAAAGGAUUAAUUGUUUGAUAAAACUCAAAGAGAAAUUCAAAAAGUAAUGCUAAAUUAAAAGAAAGAGAGAAAAGCUACUAGUCCUGCGGAGAAAAAACCUAAAGGCAAUAGGAAAAAAGAAGUCAAGAUUGUAGCCAAAUACUAAAAAGUCUUCUACGGCAAAAAGAGAUAAGUUGAUAGUAAGAAGCUUAAUCAAAGCAUGAUAGUCAGAAAGAUGAAAUCAGAUUUAUAGGAAGAAAAGAAAAAAAUACCAUCCUUCUUGUCUAAAUCCAUCGAUUAAGCUAGAGAUAAUUUGAACAAAGAAUGCAUGAAAAUGAUUUCAAAAUAAUGCGCUAAAGCUAUAAAAGAUGAAGCCCAAACAUCCCAAUUAAAUAACAAAAUAAAAAGAAGAAACGGAUAUUUGAAUGCAUCCAGAAUACCAAUGCAAAGAGUGUAGAUAGAGCAUAUGCUUUCUUCAAAAUCAAAGAGAGAGGAGAGCGAUUCUGAUGAUGAUAAUGAUAGCUUUGAUAACUAUGUCUUAGAUGAAUAUGAUGAUGAUGAGGAAUACAAGAAAUAUGAUGAUAUUAAAACACCAAUCUAGGAAAAUUCUUAGUAUGAAUCAAGGUCUUCUCUCUCUAACUAUAAUCAUUAUCACUCUAGCAACUGA